AUGAUGAGGUUCUCGCAGAGGGCUCCGUGGCUAUGGCGUAGCGGCUACUCUCAGGGAGACUCAACGGGCUCGUCUGAGAUUCAGGCUGAAGUACAACGACAGAUGGAGAUCAUGAUGAGAAGCCAGUCCCGGCAGAUGGAAGAGAUGCGGGACGAGCUCCAGUACCUUCGUGCGGAAAGGGCGAGACUGAGCGAAAGAAUGGCAUGGAAUCAGGACGGGUUUCGAGGAGAGCAUGGUGAUCGGGGACAUGGUGAUCCUCGCGCUUCGGAGGCCCAGCAAAAGGAAACGAUGGUGGACGGCAUCAAGGUGAUCCUCGUGGGGGGCUAA